CAAUCGUCAACAAUGGUGGAACGGAUUCUGUGCUGUUACUGACGUUUUCAGGCAGUGUUCGUUUUCAGAUACGAAAAUAUCAAUAAUGAUCAAUAACCCUUUUGAAAUAGUAAUUGCGAUAAUAUUGCUAUAAUAUUUCGCGUAUACUUCACAUAAAACAAUAAGAAUGUGUGAUGUUUGUUCAGAUUUUUCUCAGCUUUUAGUGAAUUGUGAAGCCAGAUUGACAGACGAUGUAUCUCAAUAUCCAACAAUAAGCCAAUCUGAACUAGAAAUUGUUCUAAAUUACAUUCUCUCUUGGCCCCAAAGACAAUGCAUGUGCUGCUAUAGAGAUGUGAAGAACUUUGAGAGAUUCUAUUUAAUGGUGCAGAGUAUACUAUGUUUAUCAGUAUGCCAGCUGAAGCAACUCAAAGAUGAUUUGAUACAAGCAGCUAAAGUACUUCCACCUGAAGAGAAACAAGAUAAAUCAAAGCUUCCCGAUGACACUUCAAUAUCAAGCAAUGAAGAGAAAAAUAAUGAGCAAGGGCAAAGCACACCUGAACCUGAAAAAAUAUCAUCACCAUCGGAAAAAAAUGAAUCUACUUCAGACACUAAUGAUGAGAAACCAUCAACUUCCAAUGAUGAUUCGGAAGUAUGGCCUAUGCAGCAAAAAGAGAAGCUCAUGCACAUUGUAUCGAAAAUAUUUCUGCUCAAUUUCCCAUUAUACUUGGCUUGCAAGCAUUCUGCUUUAAGUCGCUUGGAUGAUCUUUCUGCUCAAGAAAUAUCAAAUCUUAGUUCAUAUUGUGACCUACAUGAUACAGAGAUACCAGCUUACUUGUUAAGGAAUGUGAGCCUGUUCUGUAAGUUGGGAGGUGUGUGUGCUAUGACUUCUGUGUUUGAACAUGCUUCACCAUGCACACUUCCACUUUCUAUGGCACAUGCAAUAGUUGCAGCAGUGGGAAACCUAAAGCUUUGGUUGAACUUCAGGGCUGUAGCACAAUUGUUUAUGCCAUUGAGAAGUAAAAUCCUAAAGUACAUGUGUAACUUGGAAGACAAAGACUUGCGUGUUCCAGCAGUAAAAUCAAUGGCAGAUUUUAUGUGGGGUGCUGCUAAAGAACCUCUGGAUGCCCCGCUCGCUUUCGAUGUGGAUGGACUGGCAUUGGCGUUCAAGUAUUUCAACAGUAGUACUCUCACAAUGCGUUUGGCUGGAGUGGCUCAGAUAAAUGCUCACAUUGCUGCUCAUAAUGAACUUUGUGCGGGAGAACCAGCAGCUGACACUGAAUUGACAGGGCAGCAAUUGGCAACAUGGCUGACAAAUAACAACAUCAUUGAGCAUUUAUUUGGCCCUAAUCUACAUGUUGAGGUUAUAAAGCAAUCGCAUAUGAUUCUGAAAUUCCUUGCGGUUGAGGGUCGCGUGACAGCGGAGCAUGUAGAACUUGUGUGGGCUGCAGCACAAUUGAAGCACUGCGGAAGGCAGGUGUAUGAUCUUCUCCCAGGGUUCAUUAGAGCCCUUGCGCCCAAGCCUUGCACUCAUUUGUACAGCUUGUUGUGCGCAUUGCCACCCAAGGAACACACUGAACAGAGCUUGUACCUGGCGUCGGCAUUAAUGCGCGCGAUGUGGUCUCGCGGCACCGGCGCGGGGUCAGGCGGUAGUGGCGCGGGCGCGGGCGCGAGCGGCGGGGCGGGUGCGGGCGCCGGCUCCCCCGCCGCGGAACCGCUGCGGCCCGCGCCCGCUUGCAAGCCACACCACAACUCCUCCUCCGAAGCCAGCGUCAGCAUGGACCAGACCAAUUCGGAUGAUGAUCCGUGCGAGGAGCUGAGUACAUCUGGCGAGGAGGCGGGGCCGACGCCGCGGAAACAAAGUAAACAUCAACGUGAACUUACCGCGGAACAACAAGAAUGGCUUCGCGAGGGAGAGGAGUUGACGAAAAAGGAGUGUCCCACUCUCAAAUCUUGUCAAAAACGCAACAAACGUGCUGGUAGCAGCGGUAGUGCGAGUAGCGGUGCGGAAGAAUUACUGCGUCCGCGGAAGAAGAAACUAUACAAGAAGCGUCACAAGCCCGGCAAGACGAGGCAUUUCCCAGCCAAUCAACUGAAGGCUACAGAUCUCGCAGAAUCUGUAUCGGAAGUGGAAGAAGAAUCUUCUGGUAGCGACACGGCGCACUGCCAGCUGUUAUGCGAUAACGUUGACGCUAGAAGACUGAUGGAACUACGUUUGAUGGAGAGCUACAAGCGUCGCGGGCCUGAAGGUGAAGAGGAAGAAGGCAGCGCUUCGUCUGCAAUGUCCCCACACUCUCAUCCCCACCUCGCCGACUUGGACGACGACGACUCCGCUUGCGAGGAGGAGUUGGCCAGACUCGCUGCGCAGGCGCAAUGUCUAACGGAGUACCAGCCGGCCAGGGCGGGGGGCGGGGCCGCGGCGGCAGCGCUCCCCUGCGACGUGGACGCCGUGUGCCGGCCCGGAAACACUCUCCUAUGGGACUUACUCCAAGACGGAAAUAUCGAGCAAUUAGGCGAAGGACUUGCUUUAGAAGCAGAGAAGGCUCUCUGCGCGUUAUUAUGUUUUAGCACAGACAAAUUCAUAAGAAUCAAAUUCAUCGAAGGAUGCUUAGACAACUUGGCAAAUCAUAGGUCUGUGGCAGUAUCUCUUCGACUUCUACCUAAAUUGUUCUCAUCAUUUCAACAAUUACGAGGCAUGGAUAUGCAUCAGGUGGUAAUGUGGGCGGAAAGGGAACGCGGUAUGAUGCGUUUGUUCGUAGAAGAUUUGCGGCAUUACAUGCAACAGCCGCGCGCUAGCGGCGACCAUGCGCAUUAUGCGCAUGUCACCGAACUAACAGUGCGGUUGCACUUCCUUACUGCUAUAUUCUCGCCUGUCGGAUCGCCGCAACACUUCCGGUUAACAGUCGAUCAAGUGGAAGAAUUAUGGCAGUGUCUGGUGGUUCAAGGGGGUGCUGAAUGCGCCGACUGUCUGUACUCGUGGCUACUCUCUCACACCAAGUCGCCGGAACAACAUGCCCUAGGGCUUGACGCGUUACGUUUCUUGUACGUAGAGAAGAUGCCCACGCUGGACCCUGAGACCAUAAGCAUAAUGGGAUUAAGUUUGUACCAGCAAUUGUGCAACUUGGCUCGCAUGGCGUUAGGUACGGGUGAUUCCCGUGACUCUGCGCACCCACACACGCUCGCAAUGGACCAUCUGUGGAAGAUAGCUCUGAGGGCUAAUAGCACAGAUGUAUCAAUGGGCGCAAUCCAGUACCUGAAUAGUUAUUACAUGGGCCAGCAAUUGCAACAGGAGGACGAUUUCGUGUCGAAAUGCAUGUUCCAUUUGUCAUCCGCCGCUGAAAGACUGAUAUCUAAGAAUCAAGAUGACGAAGCAUCCGCUGCCACGUCAGAGGGGACGUCGGAAGAAAAGAAAGAGCCUGAGAAAACUGUCGAUAAGCUCAAUAUUUAUGAGCAUAUGACAGAGGACGCUGCGCUACAGUGCGUACAGAGGGCACUUUUACUGUUAAAGACUCACCUGGAUACUUUUAAAAGAAGAUACGCGUACCAUUUACGACGAUGGGCGUUAGCGGAGAGCGGUGCUUGGGAAGGGUGCGGUGGGCCGGGAACCGUUCGACUGACGCUGCAACCGGCUGGUGCUGGACCCCGGGCCUCUCUCUCACUGCACCACCACGACCUGGUGGCGCAUCUGCGGGCCCACGUGCACGUGUGGUGGGAGAAACAGAUACAAGGAGAAGAAGGAGUCACCGCGCUGUCGACAGAUGGUCCCUUGCGAAUGAUCACUCAAGGACAGGAACUGACUAUUGACUAUGACGAGAGGACCCUAUACGAUAUGGGGUUUAAAGAUAAUCAGUUGGUAUUCGUAUCCGUGGGCGUGGGUGGGCGAGGUGCGUGGGCAGAAUGGCCUUCAGCCCAACCGGCGCCAGCCAGAGCUCGUCUUCCAACGCUGCUGCUGCUGGACCCCACCUGCUUCCAUCAGCUGUUCACGCUGAUGCAGGCGCUGGCGCAGAUGAAAGAACCAGGACCUAGCUCUGAACCGGUCGCUCAUACAAAAGCUCAGCUCCUCUCCCGACGCGUAUGGGACAUAUUACAAGCGGUUCCAUUGAAUCCCACACUCUUAGAAGCGUUCCAAAACCCUACAGAAAGUAAAUUGCCCGAACUUCUCGACCCCACCAGCCCACAGAAGCUAAUGUACUCCCUACAUAUCAUAGACAAACUCAGCUCCAACAGCGGUCCCAAUGUGAAAGAGCCAACCGGUGCCAUAGAUAAGAGUGAGGAAGAGAAAGUUUGCGUGGAAAACUGGAACGAUUUAUUUAUAAAAAAGGGUGGAUUAAGAUUGCUCUACGACAUAAUGAUGUCAGGUGUGUUGCAACGUAGCGACGACUGCGAAUGGCGCCAAGAUUGUCUGGCGUUACUGCUUCAGUUGUUAUGCCGCAUUGGAACACUGCCAUCCGCGGACCCUUCCCAAACACCUAAGCUACACCCGUCGCUGCUGUCACUGAUGACCGUAGAAGAAACGACAGAUAGGUUAAUAUCAAUAUUGUGCGAAGCUGCCGCUCUCAAAGAACCUACCACAUAUAAGACUGGCUUUUGGGGACGAGCACAGGUAGUACAACACGCGAUGCGUAUGUGCGUAUGGUGGGCCCGCGGUGGGGGGGAUGCCGUAGCUCUCGCCUGGUCACUGAGACGGGCUGCACCAAGAUUACUGCUGGAUGACGCUGAUCCUGCUGUACGGCGUGAAGCCGGCAGUGCGUUAUAUCGGUUAUGCGCGGGUGGCGAAGUGGCGGUAUUAGCGCCUUUACUGCAGUUGCUGUUAGAGCACUUGCCUCGCGCUGCGGAUAUGAGACCUCAUCACACGCCUCAACAUCAACAUCAUCAUGAGGUAGUUCACCACCAUGCGGAAGAAGGCAAAGAGCCAUACGGGCCUGCCUGCAGGGACUACUUCUGGUUAGUCUGCCGCCUAAUAGAUGGCUUGCCCGAAGACUUCUUUAAAGAAGGUGCAACCUCUGAAGAUAGCGGUGCGCCAGAUCUCAACGAACUCUGCGAACAGAUUCGUUCCUCGCUGGAGAAGCGAGAAAUCAUUGAGAAACGCACAGAACCGUGCACGCCUGACGAUGGAUUGUACGGACAGCUGAGUCUGCUCACACAUUUGCUCAAACAUCCGCUUAGGUUUAAGAAUUCGGAACAAGGCACUAUGACGUUGGAAAUGGUAUUCGGAUUCCUAUUUGACGUACCCAACCCAGACCAAAGGAACUUGCCCAAAUGCAAGUCUCAGAAGUCUCGAGCGGCGGCAUAUGAUUUGCUGGUGGAAUUAGUGCGAGGAGCUCCGGACAACUACAUGGUAUUACACCAUAAGCUCAUGGAGCAUCAUAAGCCUGGUCCACAAUCAUCGUACCCAUGGGAUUACUGGCCGGCGGAAGAAUCCCGUUCUGAGUGCGGCUACGUAGGUCUCACAAACCUGGGUGCCACAUGCUACAUGGCUUCGUGUAUGCAGCACCUGUACAUGAUGCCUCAGGCUAGGGCCGCGGUGCUGCGGGCAGACCCCGCCGCUAGUCGACACUCGCCCACCUUGCACGAGAUGCAGCGGAUGUUCGCUUACCUCAUGGAAAGUGAGCGCAAAGCGUACAACCCCCGUAGCUUCUGCAAAGUAUACCAAAUGGACCACCAACCUUUGAACACAGGGGAACAGAAGGACAUGGCCGAGUUCUUCAUCGACCUGGUGUCCAAGCUAGAGGAGAUGACACCCGAGCUCAAGAAACUGGUCAAAACACUGUUCUGUGGCGUGUUAAGCAACAACGUCGUGUCACUGGACUGUCCGCACGUGUCGCGCACUCUAGAAGAGUUCUACACGGUGCGCUGUCAAGUGGCCGAUAUGCGCAACUUACACCAGAGCCUUGACGAGGUGACCGUGAAAGACACACUAGAGGGAGAUAACUGCUACACCUGCUCGCAGUGCGCGGCCAAAGUGCGCGCCGAGAAACGGGCGUGUUUCAAGAAGUUGCCGCGCAUCCUGUGCUUCAACACGAUGCGGUACACGUUCAACAUGCUGACAAUGCUCAAGGAGAAGGUCAACACGCACUUCUCGUUCCCGAUGCGGCUCGACAUGUCCGGAUACGUGGAGAAACACCUGAUGCCGGCUCAGUACCAGGAGGAAAAACGAAAAUCGGAAGAAUUUAAGAAGGACGGUGAUAGCAGUCCGUCUGUGGAAAGUGAAGAUAAUUCUGAAUUCGAAGAACAUUACGAGUACGAACUAAUAGGUGUAACAGUCCAUACGGGCACCGCGGAUGGCGGCCAUUACUACUCCUUCAUUAGGGACCGAGAGCAUGAACAUCACGACCGAUGGCUUCUAUUCAACGACGCUGAAGUUAAGCCCUUUGACCCUGCCCAUAUCGCAGCAGAAUGCUUCGGCGGGGAGAUGACGAGUAAAACAUACGACUCUGUGACGGAUAAGUUCAUGGAUUUCUCGUUCGAGAAGACGAACAGCGCGUACAUGUUGUUCUACGAGUUGAGUCCGCCUCGCAGUCAGCGUGGCUCUGACUGCGGACAACAGGAAGAAGCACAGUCGUCGCGAGCAGAAGAAUCGUCAAAUUUGUCCUCCGAUCGGCGCAACAGUGACGCGCUGCAAGUGUCUCUCCCGCCCGACCUGUUAAAAUGGAUAUGGGACGACAACAUGCAGUUCUUGCACGACAAAAACAUCUUCCAGCAUGCGUACUUCACGUUCAUGGGUCAAAUGUGUAGUUCCGUGCCACAAUCUCUACUCACGCUUCGGCCAGAGAUCACAGAAGUGGCGGCGCGUCUCUCCACCUCUUUCUUCAUCGAGACAUUCAUACACGCCAAAGAAAAGCCAACGAUGGUGUCUUGGGUGGAGUUGGUGACGAAGCAGUUCAACGCAUCUGCGGCUGCCUCAGAGUGGUUCUUGGGACAUAUGGCAGACGACACGUGGUGGCCCAUGCAGGUGUUAAUCAAAUGCCCCAACCAGAUGGUGCGCCAGAUGUUUCAAAGGCUAUGUAUGCACGUAAUACAAAGGCUGAGAUCUAGUCAUUGUGCCUUAUACCUACAGGGUGUGGAAGAAGGCGAAGACAAUAGCAAGUUGGGAGAAGCGAGUUGUGUUACUAGGUUUAUAAGGAUGUUGUUAUCAUUGAUGGAAAACGGGGCACGUUCGCACCUGCGACAUUUGACGGAAUACUUCAGCCUCUUAUACGAAUUCAGUAAGAUGGGUGAAGAAGAGGGCAAGUUCAUGCUGAGAGUAAACGCCAUUUCGAGCAUGGUGGCGUUUUACCUUGGACAGAAUGGAGCUACGGCGGAAUCCCCUACGGAAGAAGCCGGAGGUAGCGGCAGCACAAAUACUGAAAGCGCCGGAGACAAACUGCGUCCUGGAGCGCUGGACAAGAUGGUGGCAUUGGUCGCUGGACUAGUCGAGCGAUCCCGUGACGCUUCCGGGCAUUUAGCGCUGCAAGAACCUGAUGCGAGAGCGUUACUGCACGCCAAGGGCUUUCCGUUUAUCUAUCAACAGACGCGGGACUGCUUGAAUCUACAGCAGACGCGCUCUUUGAUAUUUGCGCUGUGUCGUUGGAACGAGCCUCUCGCGCAAAAAAUUGUAAACAUGAUAUUUCAAGCCAUCGCCAAACAUUCUGAUAGUUGCGGUCCAUUCUUCAAGCUGCUGACGCUGCUGGUGGAAGGCAGUGGCGGCGGUGCUGGCGCGACAGGCGGUCUGCCGUGCUUCACGCAGUUAGUGCUCUCCCGCCUGUGGGACGUGGGCGACGUGUGCCCGCACGCGGCGCUCGAGUGGCUCGCGCUCCAGGUGCCUCGUAAUAAGGCGGCGCACGCGUGGGCGCUCCGCACCGCGGACCGUUGGGUGGAACAGCAGCUGCUAGCGUCGUGCGUGGCUCGAGUCCGUGCCGCGGCCGCAUUGCUGCUGGUGGCGCUGGUGCCGUCGCAGCACUUCCGAGCCGGCUACACGCGAGCCCGCCCCCCGCCUGCCUCGCCGCAUCCCGCCAAGCUGCCCGACACCGCGCACCACACGCUGCACCAGGUGUACACAAUGCUAUUGGGGAAAUUGAAAGCGGCUCGCAAGUACACUGACAUCGCGGUGCACGGUACUAUGAAACUGACAGCUUACUUCGGUGUCAUGUCUUACUGCGUAGUCAGUAGGGUGGAGAAGUUAAUGUUCGGACAAUACUUCAACGAUUUGUGGGACCUAUAUCACCCAGCGAUAUCGGAGCCGUCGGUGGCGGUGCAUCCGAACAAGCAAGCGUUGCUCACCUUCUGGCACGCGGUCUCCGUGGAUUGUCCGGAAAAUGUUCAAUUAGCCGUCUCCAACCAGAGGCUCACUAAGCAUAUAGCUUUCAACUACAUUCUUGCGGACCACGAAGACGGCGAGGUGGUGGCGUACAACCGCGCGAUGCUGCCGCCUUACUACGCUUUGUUAAGGCUUUGCUGUAGGCGGUCGAGUGCGUUCGCGCGAUCUCUCGCCCAACACCAGAACAUACACUGGGCGUUUAGGAACAUAGCGCCGCACGCACAUCUGUACCCGGGCGCUGCUGAUGAGCUGCUGAGGCUAGCUCGACUAUUAGCGGCCCGCGGCGCCCCCGGAGCGGGGAGUGCUUCAGGGGCUACUUCUGCAUCGGGCGCGGGCGCGGGAAGCAGUAACAGCAGCAGCAGCAGUAGUCAUAGCGGCGGCGAAGCGGACGUACGAGAGGCCGCCGCCUUUAGAAGAAGUACUCUCGCCGCGUAUCUACAGGGCGAGCUCACCAGGCAUUCCGGUCUAAACGGAAGGACGUGUUGGACAACUUUGAUAUCCGCCUUUUGCACACUAGUCGAAAAUGAAGAUGAUAGGUUAUACGUCGUUUACAACGGUGGUUUACAGAUGACAUUUGAAGCGCUACAGAGCCUCCAUGCAGUAUACAUGGAGGGUGGGGCCGGUUCAGCCAGUAGCAGUGCUAGCGUUCGUGGCGAACUAGCGGGCGCGUUACGAUGGGCCGCCGCGCUACUACGGACGUUGCGAACACGACGCGAUACGAAGGAGGCGCGCGCGUUAUUACUAGCGUGUAAAGACUGGCCGGAAUGCGCUCGGCGAUUGGUGGCAAUGCUGGCUGCGCAUCACCGGCUCGAUCAUUUGCGAGUACCGUCGUUGAGCGUCCUCCGCGAGAUAGUGUUGAUUGGCGGCGGAGCCGCGCUGGCGGCGCUGGUGCCGCUCGCGGCGACCGCGCGCGGCGAACGAGCGCGCUCGCACCUGCACGCGUGCGGCGCGCGCACCCCGCCCCAUGCGCCCGCGCCCCAAGCGCACCGCCCCUACCACAAGCUGAUAGACAUUUGUUGUCGCGUGGCACGGACACAGCGUUGUAUGUCGGAACAGUUGGUGUUGUUGUCGGCUCUGUGCGCGCUCGAAGCAGUGCCUUUGAGGUUUAACUACUUCGCCGCCUUUUGGCGGGACGUCGCCGCUUCACCGGCGGAUGCGAAGUUAGAAGAAAUGCUUCUGGAGUGCAGCGUUGUGUCAGAGUACAUGGAUGCCGUGUUGCUCGACGAGCGGGAGUCUCUCGAAGAUCCUGCUAUUUACCAGUUCAUGGAGCAUUACUAUCCUAAGAUGGGUGGCGGAGGGUCGUGGAGCGGAGCGGAGGCGUUAGCGGAAGAGGUACGCGCGGCCGCAGCGUCCCCGGGCGGCGCCCGCUCCCUGGCGCACGCUGCCCGCGCGCUGGCGCUAACCGCCGCGCGCCGCCCCGCGCCUCCACCCGCGCCCGCGCGAGCCCUGCGGCAAGCCGCGCUCGCGCUGCAGCAGCGCCUGCAUCGCGACACAGGUGGCGAAGAGGAGAGUUCAGACACAGAAGCGGGCGCUGAAUCCACAGCGACGACGGCGGCGACGUCGAGUCGGUGCCGCACGCCGUCCGGCAGCGAGCCGGAAGAGCCGCCGGAGGAGCUGCCGGCCGACGAGCACGACGAGCCGACGCCGGCCCGCACGCCGGACGCGCGCGCCGCUCUGGCUCAGGCCGCGCUCGCCAUCCUGGCCGCCACCGCGCACGUCGUCGACGCGUAGCACAUGUUACGUACGUCUUAAGUCAUUAAUAUAUUAUUAGUAUAUUGGAAGUGCAAAUGGUGAGAAGUUUACUGAUAUUCGUCUAGAGUGCUGAACUAUGUUAAAAUGUACCGAAUACAUCGAUGUUUAGCUUACAUUCCAAAAGUCAGAACGUUGGAUUUAAUGUUAUGACUUCAUUUGAAUAAUUAACCUUUGAAACGUGAAAUCCAUCAUCCUUUUUAAAAAGAUUAAACGAAUGAACGGAGGCACUUAACUGGUAAAUUGGGAUGCGACUGAUUUCCGCUUAUUGAGAACUUAUCUAAUGCUCUUUUAUAAGAUCGGAAACAUUCGAACCUGCACAUUCUGCUAUCCCGGCGGAAGGUGCAGGUUUCGAAUCUUCUCUGAAGUCUGGACCGCAUGGGUUUUUUUAGUGAAAAUUUUCUUGAUCCGCACACAUUUAAACAGCAUGGUACUUAUCUGGUUUUUCUUGAUGAGCGCAAUCAUACUAACGUGUACGAGACAUCGAUGCGACUGAUGUGUUAUAUGUGAUGGUUGUAUUGUAUUGAUCUUAUAAACGAAUAUAAUUUACGGUUUGAUUUAAAAAACAUGGGGUUGAUCAUGUUCAUUUUGAAAUGAGCAAAAUGGCAUUUCAAACGACUGAUAAUUUUAUGAAAUUAUAGAAAUGAAAUUUAUUUUAUAUUUAAUCCGCGUCAUUUGUUCGGUAGACUUAAAAUGACAUUUUUAGGUAUUUCAUUUGUGUACUAAUAGGGUAUUUGACAGUAUUAAAAAUAAAGUGCCAAAUGUUAGCAUCUGGUUUUGAAUGAUGGCAGGGGUUUUUACUAUUUUUACAAAAAAAAAAAUUCAUAAUUUUACUAAAAACCCACGAAAAAGAUAAUAGUUAUUUUAUCUAUUAUCACGUGACCCAAAACGCUUGGGAUUGGCGGAGCCUAAAAUGACGUCACACCCAAGCAAACUUCUGGUUAAAGUGACAUUACAUUGUAUCGUUUGACGUUUUAAUAACAGUCGUGUGACGUCACACACUAGUAUCACAUUUAUAUUGUACAGAGAAACGUUUUCGCGGUAAUUUAAAAAUGGAUGAUGAAUAUCCACUUUUUCAGUGACUCCAUAAACAUUAGACAAUAACGUGAGAUCGUUUUCUAAAUCUUGUCAAAUACCCUAUUGCAUUUGACUUGACUCUCAAUAUCUAUUUAUCUUCUCAAUUACAAGUCGUGAACUAUAUUCAAUUUUGAGAUCAGACAAAAGAGAAAAUGUGGUGAAAUUUUAUAUCGUUUUUUAAUUUUAUAGUUAAGUAGAGUGUAGAUAUUUCUCAGAUCCGAUGUAAAUCAAAAGUAGCUGUUAUUGUAACAUUUCGAUUUGUAUCUAAGGCGUAUCGUUCUAUACUUCUUCAUGAUGUUUCACCAAUACAUUUUGAGGGACUGUAGAACAAUAUAGGUUUACUAUUUAUAUCCCAACGGCCGCUUAUUUUUUAAAUAAAUAUAAAUUGACUACUCAUUGAAAACUUGAACACAAGUUUGCAGCUUCGGAAAUAAUUUACGUGUUUUUCUUAUUACAAAAAGUAUAAUAUGUAUUUUACUUGCUUAUGCUUUUGUCAUGUUUAUAUGCAUGACAAACCACUCUCUUUUUUAAUAUUUUCUAACGUUUUAUACAAAAAUCUCUUUAUUAAUCCAGGAUUUUCAACAUUGAACGUGUUCAUAUUUUGUUAUAGUUGCUUGCAUUGAUUCAGUAUUCAAAAUUAUGCGCGUAAAGCGUAUGCACACAUUGUUAUUUUGAUUAUUGUAGCUCGAGUUACUAAUAUGAUUACUGUAAUCAAAAUGACUAGUCUUAUGCAUUUAAAAUUAUCUGAGUAGCUAUCAAUUUAUUUUGUUCUCGAUUAAUAUAUAAUACCUAAUUUUGGUUUUAAAACUUGUAUCAAAAACAUUUUUAUGUUUCGGCUGUGAAAGGUUUGUUAGUUUAAGAUAUUACGUGUACCUUUUAGAAAAGAUUUCCCGCUUACAAUGUCCGAGUCUGAGCUUACGUGUAACAAAUAUUGUAAGUCGAUAUACCCGUCCAAGCUGCGUAGGUACUUUUAAAGUUCUCCCUUCGUUUCGUUCAAAAUUAGGCCAGUAAAAUUUUGUCGAAUGCAUUGUGUAAGUAAUUAAAAAUUCAAAGAGACUACCUAUUAGCUAAGUACAAGACGCAUGCGGUCGUGUUUAAUACUGUUGCGUAUUUUUAAAAUGUGAUAUACUAUCAUUUUUAUAAUUUACGAUGUACGAGUGUUAUGAAGACAGUUAAGUAUUACUGUACUUCUUUCUGCAACAUCUGUGUUGUUUGAUAUUUUCAUGAUGAAUUUUUGGUUAUCACUCCUCGUUCUUUACCUAAUAAUAAUACGUAGAAAGAAAUAAUUUUCCACCUUAUUGAAUUAAAAUAGUACAUUCUGCUUCAUAUUCUUUCACAUAGAAAGAAAAGGUAAUGCGGGGAAUGACAGCUUAUGUUCCCCACAUUACCUUUUCUUCAAAUAGUUGGAGAUAUAUACAACGACAUUAAAUUCCUUAGAUACACCACGUGCGCCCAAAAUGUGUAUCAAUCGAGAAAUGAUUGAACACUACUCAAGCACUUCUAGGUUCACAGUCACGCGCGGACCGUCGAAAAGUCAAGAUGCUGUAGAGCUCCGUGAAAAAAUGCGAAAAAAGUACUUAUAGUAUGUAAAGUGUCUUUUUUUCGACAGUUACCUAAUCAAUGUUUGGUAAUUUAACGCAUUUAAAGCAAAAUUUGUUCUAAUACUUACUAGAAACUGAUUUAAUAAAAAAAUAUUUGUGAUAUUCAAAUGCAUCGUCGGUAAUAUUACCGUCUCUUUUCCUCGCGGUCCUUACCUGCUGUAUUGGUAACAGCGCAUUUAGAAUUGCGUGUAGAGUCACAGAAAUAAGGUCUAUAUUCUUCCACGUAUAGCAAUAAGUCGUAAAAUUUUAUGAACCUGCAUUUCGAACUGUGACGCUUGCGUUUUAAGAUAAUUAAGACCUUAUACUGUGUGCAUUAAAGGUCACUUACACUGUUUAAAAAGUUUUGACUACGCAAUUAUCUUACGGAGCUUAGUGGAUCGUCAAAUGUACCUUUUGGACAGGUUUCGGCCACGAUUUUCUUCGUGUUGGUAUAUCUAGGGUAUUUAAUAUCGUUGUAUAGAUAUUACAAAAAUAAUACUGUUAUUUAUUCUAACUUAGUAUUAAAUGCGGCCAUGUACUGCAUUGACCAUGAAAAAUACGACUUUCUUUCAUGGUGGUGUUAUAUUAAUAAUAUUAAGUAAGAAUAUUUCAAACAUGAUCCUGUAAUAAUAACACUGCCCCAUUUAUAUAACACUAAAUAUUUACACAAAUUGUAAGUUUUAAGACGUAAUUAUUAUCUAACACAUAGACAUUACAAAUUGUCCAUUUUUAGUAUCUCCCCCUGUACUAUAAUAUAAUGGCAAGCCAUCACAAAUUUAGUUAAUGAUUUAGAUAUUAUUAUGAUGAACAGAGAAGUUUACAAGAUUUAAGAUAUUUCUAUAGUACGAAUAUUACAUGAAUAUUUAUUGUAACACAUUCAUUCAUCUAGGCUAUCAAUAGAUGCAUGUGCAAAUUUUUAUUCCAACAAAAAGCAAUAAUGUUCAGCUGAAUACGAAUUACUUAUUCAUUAAUGAAGUCUCAAUUAACCACAAUAACUUGUAUGUACUUUAUUAUUGUAUAACUGUUAUUGACUUUUGUUUAUAAGAUGAUAUAUCAAUAUAAUUCGUUGUAUGGUGAGACAACAGUCACUGGAAAAAUUGUAAAAGGGUUAUUAAAAUGUGGUGCUAUCAAUAAGAUUUUGAGUGACUGGAAUCAGUGUAUUUAGUUUUGUCCUGAUUUAGAGCUUAUUAAUAUAUGUAACCUAAUAUGCUGUAAUUUAUCGUUAGUUUUAAGAUUUUGUUUCCAUUGAACAGCGGCAUAAAGUGACGAUUAGUUGCAUUAUUAUUCAGUUCACACUAACCGCAUUUCAAUCUUAGCUUCUAAAUACAUUUGUAUUAUAAUUUAGAUUUGUGUUACUGGAACUCAUGGUUCGGUAAAAUAUAACUGUGUUAUUGAACAUGAUUUGUGAAAAUUAAGAAAAAUACUGUAAAUCUGACUGGAAAGCCAAAGUAAACAGUAUUUUAUAAAAUUUGUGUCUCAUUCAAAUAAUAUUAUGCCAAUACCUACUGCAACAACUACUUUACCUUACCGUCUUUAUAGGAAACUGAAAAUAGUUUUUCUGUCCUGUCCUUAAGUUUUAAUAAUUUAUAUUCUUAUCAUUUUUUCUGUACUGUCCUUAAGUUUUAAUAAUUUAUAUUCUUAUCAAUUUUUCUGUAAAGUAAAGCAGCUCUUUUAAUUACAUCUAUCUGAAGUGAGAUUUAACGAAAGAAAUAAUAGAAGCAGCAUCAUUAAUAUUAAAUUACUUUGGCUGCAUUUGAACCAGAAAUUUCUUUUAAAAAUUGUUAGGGUAAAAAUAAUAAAACUAUUUUUUAGUCUGACUGUUUUUUUCUUUUUAGUAGUACCACUUUGGAUUUGAUUUCCGUUGGGAAUUUAUCAAUUGAUUCAUUAGCACAAUUUAAACAAAAGAGUUUAGAAUAAAAUAAACUGCAUUCUUUACUAAUACAAACAGUUUGUUCACAUAUUGCACAGUCUGCACCCAGAACUAAUAUUUCGCCUUUUCCUGGUGGACUGAAGGGAUCUUUCAUUACAUAACUGGGGUACUUCAAAACCAUGUUGCGUGAAAAUGGUGGGGCUGUGCCUUUAUAAUGUGCCUGUUCACUGAGAUUGCAUGAUGUACAUUUAAAAUCAUACUCCACUUGUACAACUUCGCUGGUUUUUGGUUCUGCCAUUUUACUGAAAAAGAACACAUCAGAUAUGUUUUUCAUUGAAUCUAUUAAUUUUGAUAAAAGUUGUCAUUUAUCUAUCUAUGUUAAGAUUACUAAACAAUAAUAUAACAGUUAAAUACAACUUAUUCAUUUUAUUAAUAGUUAAAUUCCACAGUUUAAGCCAACACUUAGCAAACUCAAAACAAAUGCAUACCUACACUAGGUACUAAUCAAAACAGUUACAUAUUUAGUUUGAGAAAUAUUUGUUUAUUUUGAUUUAGAACAUGUAUAUUAUUCAUCCUCUUUAUUUAAAAUGGAAAAUAAUUCAGAUGUCUUUACUUCGAGUAGUCUAUCAUUGUAUGUGUAGGAUAAUACAUACAUGCUAAUGUAGUAAACUUCAUUCAGUUUUGGUAAUAACUUUUUCUUUUGGAGCUUCAAUAGGCCACCAUGUUGGUUUCACAACUUCUGCAGUGUGAUUCCCAAUUUGGACCAUUUUUGAAUCAAGUGCUUCCUUUAUUCUAAUCAAACCUAUACCAUAUUCAUUUAAAACUCCUUUAAGUUUUCCUAAAUUAGACUUAGGUUUAUUACUAGCAGAAAUAACAGAAUCUUUCUCUAUAGCCUCCUUGACAUUUUCACUAAAUUUCAAGGGCAUUAUUCUUUUUCUAACAACGCCAGUAUGAUGUACUCUCGCUGUUAAUUCUUGGCCAAUAUAACAACCUUUGUGAAAACUUACUCCAUGCAAGUAAUCACAAUUUACUUCUAAAGGAAAAGCAGUUCCAGGAGUUAGGUCCUCUGCACCUUCACUAACUCCUAAUUUAUAUCUCAAGUAUUUGUAUCCAAUUUCAUGGUUUUCAACAACAAUAUUGUUUGAAAUGUUUUGUGCUAUGUGGACACCAUUCAUAUUUACAGUUGAUAUAAUGCGAAAUCCAAGGUCGACAAGCCUGGGGUCUUUAAAGAUUUUGAUCGAAUUUUCAGAUAUAUUAUCGGAAUUUAUGGUCUCAUCGGCUGCCUUCAAAUUCCAUAUGCGGUAAUGUUGACUGACAUCCUCCAAUCCAAUUUUUCGUUUCAAUUUAUAAAGUUUCAAAUGCCUAGAUAACAUAUUCACAACUUCUUUAUCACAUUCUAUCAUAAAAACGUCAUUUCCUUCCCAUUUAUAGAUCAGAGUAUCAUACAGCACCCUACCUUUAUUAUUUAAAAACAUAGCAUAUAUGGACUUUGUGCCUUCUUCGAAAUGGCGCAUAUCAUUUGUAAUAAGUCCUUGCAGGAAUGAAGCACUUUCAUUCCCACUUAUUUUUAAUAAUUUCCUACUUUCUAGAGGAUAUAAAACUCUUGUCGACGACUCGCUGUGUGAAAGCCUUAAAAAACGAUUAAAUAGAUUCCGAUGAGUUAACGCUCUAUUUACCUGAAUACAAGCAAUCAUUUUCGAUGUUUUCAGAAUUAAAAUUAUUUACAGUAGCAGUUCUCGAAAAUACAUUUUUUCACUAUAUUGUUCUCAAUUACGAAAAUUUAUUUGCUUUUUAAAUUCAGGAUGUUUUUUUGUUACUG